CUUCGAGAAAAAUUAGGGAAAAUAGAAAAAAGAAUUUUUUUUGUUCUUUUAAGUAAAAUUUAAAUAUAGCCAAAAAUUAUAGCUUUAAGUUCCUAAAACGUGCAAUAUUUUUGAGUUCCGAUUAUUAAUUGUAGAAAUCAAAACAAUGAGAUCAUACUUUUUUCUGUUAAUAAGCUUAAGCUUCAUUUUAGUAAAUGAAUGUACUAAUUUAGAUAAUCCAUAUAAAAUCUUGGGUAUCGAGAAGAAGGCAUCAUUGCAGGAAAUUAAAAAAGCUUAUAAGCAGCUAGCAAAAGAAUGGCAUCCAGAUAAAACGGACGCAGUGGAUGCAGAGAAAAAGUUUAUAGAAAUUAAAUCAGCAUACGAGCUGCUGUCAGAUCCUGAGAGACGAAAAUCGUUUGAUUUAUAUGGUAUCACGAAUGAGGACUAUCAACGGCAACGUCCAGAUUAUUCUCAGUAUGGAAAAUUCAGUUUUGAUCCAUUCGAUGAUUUUUUCGGUCACAAGACAUUCUAUCAAAAUCAAGACAUUAGUUUUUUCCAUAAACUCUCAAUCACAGCAAAAUAUUAUGAAUCAAACAUUCUGCCAAAGAGUAAACAGACGCCUUAUAUCCUCAUAUUUUAUUCGGACUGGUGUUUUGCUUGCAUUAGAGCAGCAAAUACUUUUAAGAAAAUAAUGGAUGCAUUCGAAAAUGUUGGUGUUACUUUUGCAACCGUUAAUGCAGGACAUGAGCAAAGUGUUGUCCGAAAAUCUUCAAUUCAUGCAUUACCAAGCAUUGCAAUGAUAUUAGACGAACAUAGUUAUGUUUAUAAGGAGAGCUCAUUUACUCUCCAAAAAAUGGCUGAUUUUAUACGUCAAAAACUGCCAUAUAAACUAGUGCUGCCAAUCAAUGAUGCCUCACUCGACUCAUUUCUUAAUGGCUGGCAUGAUAAUCGUGUGAGAGCACUAAUUUUUGAACCUCGCUUACAACCACGACUCAGAUAUCUGUUGAGUGCAUUCUAUUUUAAGAAUCACGUUCAUUUUGGCUUCAUUCAAACAUUGAAAGGUGAUUCAAAGGAAAUAAUUGAACGUUAUAAACUUAAUGCUCAUAUGGAUAGCUUGUUAUUAUUCAAUGAAGAUUCAAAUAGACCAAUUGCGAGUGUUUCCAUGUCUGAUAUAUCGUUACAAACGUUAAAUAAUAUUAUUAAAGGAAAUCAAUACUUAGCUCUUCCACGAUUAUCAUCACAAAAUAUGUUGGACGGCAUAUGUCCAAUGGAAUGGCAUCGAUCAAAAAAGAGAUUGUGUGUUAUUUUAAUAACUGAAAAUUCACGUAAUCAUGACUAUGCACGACACAUUAUUCGACGAAUAGCAAUAGAAUCGACAUAUAAUGAACGCGUUAAGUUUGCAUAUAUUUACAAGGAAAAACAACAAGAGUUUAUAAAUGCUUUAUCAAUCAAUCAUGUUGAGGAUAAAACUCUUAGAGUUGUUAUAAUUUGGAGACGAGAUGCACGUCAUGUUAAAUUUGAAUGGAUCAAUGAUCCUGUUUUGGAAGAGACAUCAAGCAUUGAAGAGGAUGAAACCAACUACAAUCAAACUAAACGUAAAAUUGACGACACAAUCCAAAAACUUUUAAAAUCCACUGAGGCACUAGCAUACGAGGCUGAAGUUUUGGAUCUUUUUGAUGAACAUUCCCAAGGCUUAGCAUCUCGUGUAAUAAAGCGUAUCAUUAUUAGCAUCGACUACCUCUACGAUAGCUUAGGGCAUGAGCAUUUAUUCCCAGCUGCUUCAGUUCUUGGCACAUUCUUAUUUAUCCUCGGAAUCGGAUAUUUAAUGUCAUAUCUCGUGAAAAUUGAGGAAGCUAACGUAAAGAAACAACAUAUAGUAACUGAUGAAGAAGACGAAAAACCGGCAUUUGUUCCAGAGUUGAAGAUUCAUGAGCUGAGAGCUGAAAAAUACAAUGGAUUAAUCAGACUUUUGAAGCCGGGCUGUCGAACAAUUAUCUUAAUCGCUGACCAACAAUCUCGACCAAAAUUAUUACCAGGGUUUCAUAAAGCUAUAUGGCCAUACCGGAGAAAUAAAACCUUGAUGUUUGCUAUAAUGUUGACCGAAAAGGGACUAAGUUGGUACUCUGAAUUAUUAAGAUUAUCACUAAUGAACAGUGAACCACGUGAUUUAAAAAUAAAUCCAAGAAACUGUAUUGGAACAGUUUUAGCACUCAAUGGCCAUAGAAAAUAUUUUUGCAUGUAUCAUGCUAAGCAUCCUGAGAGCAGCCGUGGCAAUAGGCGAAUGCUUCAAAUGACCAAAACUUUGAGCUAUGAAUAUGACGAUUUAGAAACGGGAGCAUUUUUGGGAUUUGAUGAAAGUGACGAAUCUUCAGACCACACAGACAUCAAUGACUCGAAGAUUUUACUGGAAGAAAACUUAUUAGACGGUUUAAACAAUUGGCUUGACAGGCUAUUUGAAGGAUCAACUCAUAGAUAUUUCAUUAAUUACUGGCCCGAUUUUCCUACUAAAUAAGCUGUUGAUUGCAUUUUUUUUGUAGUCCACAAACAUUGAUUUGUGUGAUUUGUUUUAAUUUAUAGUAGAAUGAAUUAUUUAAUCUUGUUUAAUUUAAUUUAUGUAUUUUAUAUGCAACUGUCACCUAGUCAAAAUAAUUGUACCAAUACUAAUAUAUUAUAAACGCAUUAAUACUUGAUCUCAAUAAAGAACUUAGGGCUGA